AUGGCCGAAGUCACUCCAACCCCCAUCCGGGACCGAUUCUUGAACAAAGUCUGCUUCAUCACCGGGGGCGGCGGUGCCAUAGGAUUAUGCACUGCCAUCCGAUUCGUGAACGAAGGCGCUCGAGUUGUGCUCGUCGAUGUCAGCCCUGAAACCCUGGCUGCUGCAGAAGAGCGCAUCGCAGCAGCCUUGCCUUCGUCUGUGCAGCUUCAGGAUCGACUUCUGAGUCUGCAGGCAGACGUCACCAGUGAAGCAGAUGUUGCAAAGACGUUCGAGGAAACGUUGCGGAAAUGGGGCCGCCUCGACUGCGCCUUUCUCAACGUAGGUGUCAGUUACGCAGGCAAGAGCCUCUUCGACACGUCUGAAGAGGAAUACGAUCGCGUCAUGCGUAUCAACGUCAAGUCGGGCCUGCGUGGCACCCCAGGCCUGUCUGUCUAUUCGACGAGCAAGUUUGCAAUACGCGGCCUUGGCCAGUCCGCCGCUGCUGAGCUCGGACAAUACGGCAUUCGCGUCAAUACAAUCCAUCCGAGCGGCGUUGAUACGCCCAUGUUCCGCCAAACAUGGACCAAAGAGAAGAUUGAAGAGAUCAAAAAGGCUGUGCCUAUGGGAAGAGUAGCUGAAGUCGAAGACAUUGCUGGUGCAGUGACCUGGUUAGCUAGUGACGAUGCGGGCUUUGUCAAUGGAGCAAUGAUAAAAGUGGACGGGGGAGUUGUAUCGUUCUGA